AUGUCAUCACAUAUGACAACUGGUAUUAUCCUCGUGGUUGUCGUUGUAAGCGUUGUUUGCAUUAUUGCAUUUCUUCAUGAUCGUCGACAUCGGGGGAAGGAACGGAGAGGACCUGGUCAGCGUUCUCAAAACCAUUCUAGUAGAAUUCACGCGCUAUCAAUACGUCCUCCACUUAUAGUCCCACCAUUAAGAACUGGAGUACGCGAGACUUCUAAUUCAUCGCCUAGAGAGGCUCCAUCACGUUCCCAUAGUCGUCCGCCGCCUGGAAAACAAGCCACUCCACUACAAAAUUUAAAGGCUAUACAAUCACCUCAACCUGCCCAAUCUCCUCAUAACCCUCCGCCUAAAAAACAAGCCACUCCGCCAAAAAAUAUACAGCCUAUACAACCACCCCAAGCCGCUCAACCUCCUCCCAAUCCUCCAGCCCCUAUUCAAGCCCGGCCGCCCGCUAGAAUUAUAAUCCCCCCUCCUGUUGCAGGCGGACUAUACGGCCUAAAAGGUGUAUUCCCACAGCCAAAGCGAGGAGGAAGAUAA